CAACUAUGGAAUGUCAGAGAAACAAAACAACGUUGAAACAACGUGAUAUUUAGAUAUUAUUACACAUUUUUUGGUUAUCUAAAAGCUUUUGCAAAGAGUUAAUUUUUUGCUGUUAAAAUAUUUAUUAAAAAUGGGUCUUACCAAGCAAUACUUACGCUAUGUUCCUAGUGGUACUUUUAAUGUUAUAGCAAGUCCUGAUUGUAAUAGUGCUCAUGUUACUUUAAAUGGAAUAAGUGGAAGAUAUAUUGCUGUUGGUGCAUGUGAACAUGUUAUUAUUUGGGACAUGAGAUUAGGAGAAAAGGCGCAAGUAAUACCGGGAGAAAAUGUAAUGGUGUCCCAGAUAGCUGCUAGUCCAACCGGCAACCACGUGGCAGUAGGAUAUGUCGAUGGAAAUAUAAAUGUGUUUGAGUUAAUAAACAAUGAAAUUGUUUGUGUUUUCGCGGGACACAAGUCUGCCGUUACUUGUUUGCAAUAUGACGAGCAAGGACAUAGGAUUGUAUCAGGUUCAAAGGACACUGAAGUUAUUCUAUGGGAUGUGGUAUCAGAGACUGGCAAAGCACGAUUCAGUGGACACAAGGGUGUGAUUACAAGUGUUCUUUUUAUCAACGGAAGAAAUUGUAUUAUAAGUUCUUCCAAAGAUACUUUUAUAAAAUUUUGGGAUAUUGAAACUAAGCAUUGUUUCAAGACUCUUGGUGGACAUCAAAUGGAGGUGUGGUCAGCAGUACUUCUGAAAGAAGAGAGAUAUUUGGUAACAGGCAGUAUGGACCAAGAGUUAAGAGUGUGGAAACUAAACUGGACAGAAAAAGUAAAAGAAGAAGAUAAAAUAACACAACAGCUUGAAAUUGUUAAACUCGAAGAUGCAGAUAAUACUGAAGACACCUCAGUCCUACAAUGUCAUCAAGUUGGUACUCUAGUCCGGGGUGGAAAAGGCAGAGUAGUAGAUCUAGUGACUGACCCCGGACAGAGCGUACUAGCGUGUUUUGGAGUCGAUUCACUCUUAGAAUUGUUUGCAUUUUGCUCAGACGAGGAAGCCAAAGUGAGGAUGAAUAAAAGAAUUAAAAAGCAAAGGAAAAAAUUGAAUAAACAGAAAGAAAGCGGUGAAAUUGAUCCCGAAGCAGUAGAUGUGUCAGAAAUCCUCACUUUAUCUGACGAAGUGCGUCGACUAAGCUCUGUAAAACUGUCUGCCAAGAUAAAAUCAUCCUGCCUUUUGCUGGGGACCACGGGCGAGCUACGUGUGGGUGUCACCUUGGCCACCAACACCGUCGAGCUGCAUAGUUUGAAUAUAGCAGAAGGAAAUGAAGUUAGGUGCUUGAAGCAGAUAACUCAACCUGGCCAUCAAAGGGAGCCGCGUUGUGUCGCUAUAAGUUCUGACAACUUGGCCAUACUCUCCGCCUCUGCUGACUCCAUCAAAAUUUGGAAUAGGUCGAGCCAGGCGUGCCUGCACACGCUGGGCGCGGCCGGCUCGCGGCCCGCGUGCGCCGCGUUCGCGCCCGGCGACCGGCACGCGCUGCUGGGCGCGGCGGACGGCCGCCUGCUGCUGCUGGACGCGCCCGCCGCGCGCCUGCUGGAGGCCGUGCCCGCGCACGCAGCCGCCGUGGCCGCCGUGGGCCUCACGCCCGACCUGCGUGGGUGUUACACCGGCGGAGCCGAUAAGACUGUUAAGUUCUGGCAGUUUGAACUUAUACCGGACACUACAAGUGAUUCUAAAGCCAAGGUGCUGUCGCUGCUGCACACGCGCACGCUGCAGCUGGACGAGGCGGUGACGGCGGCGCGCGUGAGCCCCGACAGCCGCUUCGUGGCCGUGGCGCUGCUGGACUCCACCGUGCGACUCUUCUUCCUCGACACCUUCAAGUUCUAUUUGUCGCUAUAUGGCCACAAGUUGCCAGUACAUUGCUUAGACUUCAGCUACGACUCCACAAUUAUAGCGACUGGGUCAGCCGACCGAAACGUCAAGAUCUGGGGCGUGGACUUCGGCGACUGCCACAAGUCGAUAUUCGCGCACAACGACUCGGUGACGGCGCUGCAGUUCGUGCCGGGCACGCACUACUUCUUCACCGCCUCCCGCGACGGACGCAUCAAGCAGUGGGACGCCGACACCUACGACAACAUCAUCACGUUUGAUGGGCACGCGGGCGGCUGCGCGGCGCUGGCGGUGGGGCCGGGCGGGCUGGCGGCCGUGUCGUGCGGCGCGGACGGCGCGCUGCGGCUGCUGGCGCGCUCCGCCGAGCCGCUGGUGCUGGGCGACCGCGACGAGCGGGACGAGGGGCUGGCCUCGGGCGAGCGGCGCGCGCCAGUUCCCGGUUUGCCAGGCCUCAACAUGCCGACUAAGAAAACCAUUGGCGCUGAAAAAGCUGCGGACGCGCUGGCGGAGUGCGUGUCGCUGUGCGAGGCGCACGCGGCGGCCGGGCCGGGCGCGCCGCCGCCCGCGCUCAUGGCGGCCUACGGCUGCGACACGCCCGAGGACUUCCUGCUCGAGACCGUGCGCAGGAUCCGCUCCAGCGAGCUGGAGGAGGCGCUGCUGCUGCUGCCGUUCGGCGCGGCGUGCUCGGUGGUGCGCCUGCUGCCGGCGCUGCUGGAGCGGCGCGCGCACGCCGAGCUGCUGUGCCGCCUCGCGCUGUUCCUGCUGCGCGUGCACCGCGCGCCGCUCGCGCACGCGCGCGCCCUGCGCAAGCACCUCAUACAGAUCCAGGCCAAGGCCACCGUGCGCCUCACCGAGCUGCGGGACAUGGUGGGUUUCAACCUACACGCAAUGCAGUGGUUGCAGCGCGACACGGAGGCGGCGCAGGGCGAGCAAUUGUUCCGCGAAGCGACGAGACAACAACGCGACAAACGCACACGCGGCCGACGUGCCAUCAAGCGACCCAUCGUCACGGUCACGUGACACCACUGAUGUAUCGCAAUAAAUAAUAUAUUUAUC